AUGUCUGACGGAAAACUUGGGAAGCCUGAAAUAGAUUUUACUCCGAUUUGUGAUGUCCAACUGCCCGAGACCGAAGCAUUGGCCGAGCAAGGGAACUUGGCCAAAGCUUUGGAUCAAUUAUUAGCACUCGAGAAGCAAACACGACAGGCAUCGGAUUUAGCUUCUUCUACUCGUGUUUUAGUUCAAUGUGUUAAAUUGUGUUACCAAUCGGGGGAUUGGAAAUUGCUUAAUGAAUAUGUGAUAUUGCUUUCGAAGAAACAUGGUCAAUUAAAACAAGCUACCACAAAAAUGGUUCAAGAAACCAUGACUUACAUUGAUAAAACUCCGGAUCUUAAAAUAAGACUUGAAUUGAUCGACACUUUACGUACGGUUACCGAAGGAAAAAUUUAUGUUGAAGUUGAAAGAGCGCGAUUAACGCGCAUGUUAUCUAAGAUCAAGGAAGAUGAAGGAAAGAUCAUCGAAGCUGCUGAUAUUCUGCAGGAAUUACAGGUGGAAACUUUUGGCUCAAUGGAAAAGAGAGAAAAAACAGAUUUUCUUCUGGAACAAAUGCGGUUAACUCUUGCCAAGAAAGAUUAUACGCGAAUGCAAAUCAUUAGCAAGAAAAUUAAUACUAAAUUUUUCGAUGAUACAGAGCAACAGGAUUUGAAACUUCGUUAUUAUGAAUUGAUGAUUCAACAUGCCUUGCAUGAAGGACAAUAUUUAAACGUUUGCAAGUAUUAUCGUCACGUUUAUGAUACGCCAUUGAUUCUCCAAAAUGUUAUUUAUUUCAUCAUACUUUCACCUUAUGAUAAUGAACAACACGAUUUAUUACAUCGUAUAUACGAAGAUCAUAACCUCACCAAGCUCCCGUUACAUCAUCAACUUAUAAAGAAUUUUGUAACUGCUGAACUCAUGCGAUGGCCACUCAUUCAGCAUUUAUUCGGGGAUAUGUUGAGAAAAUCUCACGUCUUUUUACUGGGUGACGAAGAUGGAGAAAAGCGUUGGGAAGAACUACACAAUCGUGUGAUUGAACAUAACAUUCGAAUUUUGGCUAAAUACUACGUUAGGAUUCGAAUGAGCAGAUUGGUAUCAUUAUUAGAUCUUAAAGAACAGCAAGCAGAAGACUUUCUUGCAAAACUUGUGGAAUCUAAAACCAUUUAUGCAAAAAUAGACAGACCAGCUGGAAUUAUAUCUUUUGCAGCUCCUAAAGAUGCAAAUCAAGUUUUAAAUGACUGGUCAGGUAAUAUCAAUUCCUUAUUAGGACUUAUAGAAAAGACUUGUCAUUUGAUAACUAAAGAAGAAAUGCUGCAUAGUAUUGCCCGCGUAAAGUGA